AUGUUCAAUUGGGCGAAGCAACAGUUGGCCAACGUCGCCGGCACUCAGGAGCCCAUCUACGGCCCGUCUGCGAUCAAGUCGGUGGCCGAAGAAGGCAAAGAGACUCCUUUUACCGAACUUACCCGCGAUGACUUGAAGUGGACGGCCAUGGAGUCGACCUGUGUCGAGACCCAGAGCUUCUAUCUGAUGUCGGACGACGGCCACAUCGGUCUUGCGCAGGUCAUCUACAGCAACGUUGCUGGCGUGCGAACGACUUGCCAGUUCAACUCCAAGGUCUUCUCCAAAGAUCCUUCCAAGCCCCACCUGUGGUGUUCAACCCCUCUGAACAACUUUGAAUUCAACGAAGACAAGACGGCCUGCUAUGCCGACGACUGCGCGCUCGAGCUCUCCGAAGACGGAAACGAAUACACCAUCAAGAGCAUGAACGAUGAAAAGUCCAUCGUUAACCUCAAGAUUACCCGCACAGCUCCGGGUUUCAAGGCUGGCAAGAGCGGCACCACCCAGUACGGAACUGAUCUCGAAAAUCCCUGGGGAAGCAUCCGCCACGUCUUCUGGCCACGAUGCGCCGCCGAGGGCACCAUCACCACACCCGAUGGCCCCGUCGACUUCAAGGGCAGGGCCAUGUACUCGUUCGCUCUGCAGGGUAUGAAGCCGCACCACGCCGCUGGCAAGUGGAACUUUGCCAACUUCCAGGGGCCCAACUACUCUGCCAUCAUGAUGGAGUUCACCACCCCUCCCUCGUACGGCUCAACCGUGGUCAAUGUUGGCGGCAUUGUCAACGACAAGCAGAUCAUCACGGCCGGUCCUGGCCACGAGGCUAUCCACACCGAGGUUAAGAACGACUCGGAAAACGAGUGGCCCGAGCCCAGCUCUGUCAAGUUUGAAUGGACAGGCAACGAGAAGGAUGCCAAGCCGACCAGUGCCGUACUGGAAGGUCCUCUCGGAGACCGAACGGACCGUGUGGACGUCAUGGCCGAGGUGCCUGGCUUUGUCAAGACGAUUGUAGCCGCCGCUGCUGGUACGAAGCCGUAUAUUUACCAGUACGCACCAAAAAUGACGCUCAAGCUCAAGAUUGGCGACGAAGAAAUCACCGAAGAAGGCCAGCUAUUCAUGGAGGCUACGUUCAUCACAGAAUAG